AUGUUUUCUGGGAUUUGCUCCGAUUCUUUGGUUGUGGGGUUGAAUUUAUUUUGUAGGAGUUAGAGGUUUUUGUAAAAUAAACAAGCGGGAAUAUUUGAAUAGAGAUGAAAAACGAGGAUCAAACAAGGUUUCUGUUUGGAAUUUCGCUCACAGACAGACCGAAAUGGCAACAGUUUCUUAUUUGCUCAUCUGGGUUCUUCUUUGGUUACCUUGUUAAUGGCGUUUGUGAGGAAUAUGUUUAUAAUAGGCUUCAAUUCAGUUUUGGAUGGUAUUUUACAUUUAUACAAGGAUUUGUUUACCUGAUACUGAUACGGCUUCAAGGGUUUACUAUGAAACAAAUGGUGAAUCCAUGGAAGACAUAUGUGAAACUAUCUGGUGUUCUCAUGGGUUCUCAUGGAUUAACCAAGGGUUCAUUGGCUUACCUUAACUAUCCUGCGCAAAUUAUGUUUAAAUCUACAAAGGUUCUGCCAGUUAUGAUUAUGGGUGCUUUUGUUCCUGGACUGAGAAGGAAAUACCCAUUUCAUGAAUACAUCUCAGCUUUGCUUCUUGUGGUUGGUCUUAUCCUUUUCACCUUAGCUGAUGCCCAGACAUCUACAAAUUUUAGCAUCAUUGGUGUUAUAAUGAUUACGGGUGCUUUAAUCAUGGAUGCCUUUCUGGGUAAUUUUCAAGAAGCCAUUUUCACCAUGAAUCCGGAAACAACACAGAUGGAGAUGUUGUUUUGCUCAACUGUAGUUGGGAUUCCUUUCUUACUUGUGCCAAUGGUUCUAACUGGAGAGCUCUUGAAGGCAUGGAAUUCUUGUUCUCAACAUCCGUAUGUGUAUGGGGUGUUAGUGUUUGAAGCCAUGGCUACAUUCAUUGGUCAAGUAUCUGUUUUAUCCCUGAUUGCCAUUUUCGGUGCCGCAACGACUGCCAUGAUAACAACUGCUAGAAAAGCUGUAACUCUGUUGUUGUCAUACAUGAUAUUUACAAAGCCGUUAACCGAACAGCACGGUUCGGGGCUGUUGCUGAUAUCCAUGGGAAUCAUAUUGAAGAUGUUGCCGGAAAGUAAACCAGGACCAAGGGUUCAAAGAUCAAAUGGAAACGCCAUGAUGCAACCAAAAGCCUCUUCUAAAGAAGUGGCAAGUGUAGAAGAUGAUGGAGAAGAAGAACAGAGAAAACCCCUAGUCUGA